UUGACGUUUGUCCAAUUUAUACAUUCGUGAUUUGUCCGCUCUUCCAUAUACGGUGAAUCGAGGAUGAACAGCGUAGUUCUCGACUGCGGUACUGGAAUCAUAAAAUCUGGGUUUGCCGGGGACGAUACUCCGACUUCAGUAUUUCCCUCGGUGGUGGGCCACCCUAAACACAGCCACACGCCCAUGGUAGCAGCCGAAACCUCACGGGAAUAUUUUGUGGGUAGUGAAGCUCAGUGGAAGAGGGGAAUGCUCGACUUGCGCUGUCCCAUACAGUACGGAAUAGUGACAGACUGGGACGACAUGGAGAAGAUCUGGGAUCAUGUAUUCAACAAAGAACUAAAAGUAUCACCAAAUGAACACCCUGUCCUGCUAACCGAGCCUCCCUUGAAUCCCAAACAGAACAAGGAAAUAACCGCACAGAUAAUGUUCGAAAACUUUAGCUGUCCAGGCAUUCAUUUUGGGAUGCAGUCAGUUCUGGCUCUUUAUUCAUCCGGUGGUACCACAGGUAUGGUGGUGGAUAGCGGGGAGGGGGUUACCCAUCUGGUGCCCAUAUACCAGGGGUUCUCUAUCCCUCAAGCUGUUACAAGACUCGAAGUGGCGGGAGGGGAGCUCACAGACUAUCUAACAAAGCUGUUGAACGAAAAUACCGGUUACGAGUUUGUGAGCUCUUCAGAGAGGGACAUUGCGCGGGAUAUCAAGGAGAAACUGUGUUUUGUAGCUCAGGAUCCCGCAAGAGAGUUGCGGGAUAACACAGCGGGAAAUACACUGAAAAAGAAGUAUACUUUGCCAGACGGGCAGGUACUGUCAGUAAAUAAAGAGCGUUUUCAGUGUGCUGAAGCCUUGUUCGAUCCAUUCUUGUUAGGAAGACAAACCCCGGGACUACAUACUGCUUGCGCAGAAUCCAUCAUGAAAUGUGGAAUAGAUCUAAGGAGUGAUCUGUACCGAAAUAUCACUCUGGUUGGAGGUACGACUAAGUUACCAGGAUUAGACCUCCGACUCGAAAAAGAAGUUAACAGUUUGAGUCCGAAGUUGGCGAGGGUAAAAGUUAUAGCACCACACAACAGACAGCACUCAGUGUGGAUUGGGGGCUCCGUUCUUGCGUCAAUGUCUACAUUCGGUACCACCAGUGCAUGGAUCUCAAAACAAACGUACGAAGAGAACGGCCCAGAAAUAGUCCACAGUUUAAAAUAAUGCACAAAGUGUGUUCCAUACUAUGUAGUGUGUAAGCGUGAUGUAUGAAAAAGUAAAUGUUUGUAUUUUGAGU